UGCCUGAUCCAGUGAUCCAAAGAGGCAGAGAGACCAAGACUCUCCCAUCCAGGCGCUCCGAGAGGAGAUUGAGCGAGUCUGUUCUCGCCCUGCCAGGAGCCUGGCUCGGCUUCAGUCACGUGAUAGGAAAGGGAACAUGAGUUUUGCAUUUUUUUAAGAAAAAAAAAGUGGACGCAUUUGUUCUCCCGACCUCCAGCCUUGAGCAACAGGGAGGCAACUUUAAAUGGGACGCUUUGGAAACAAGAGGCUCAGCCUGUUUUUUUAAAGAGACAAACGGUGCGCGAAGCUUCCAAAGUAUGGACUAUUAAGUAGUCUUUGCCCAACAGAAGGAGAGGGGUUCCAGGACUGUGUUGGAAGUAUUGUUGAGUACAAAAUAAAAUGGCAGAUGAGGACACCCCUGCCCCCAGAGCAGGAAGAGACCCAGAUGUUAUCCAGGUAGGAGAUUUUGGGACAUGCUUUGAUAGAGCAGCGGAGAAGGUCCUAGAUGAGAAGAUGCCCAGCUCAGAUACACAGUGCCAGAAAUUCAGGAAAUUCUCCUACAAGGAGGCUGAUGGUCCUCGAGAGGUUUGCACUCGGCUCCACCACCUUUGCCGUCAGUGGCUCAAGCCAGAGCAACACACAAAGGCUCAGAUCCUGGACCUGGUCAUCUUGGAGCAGUUCCUGGCCAUCCUCCCCCUGGAGAUAUCGAGCUGGGUGAGAGAAUGUGGAGCCGAGACCACUUCCCAGGCGGUGUCGCUGGCAGAAGGUUUCCUGGGUCUGAGUCAGGCUGAAGAGAAAAAUCAGGAAGAGCAAAAGAUGAGAAACCCCUCUAUAGAAAUCCAGUCUGAUUUCCAUGCGGCAGAGAAAUCUCCUUUCGACAGCAGAAAGCGUCCCCAAGGACAAGAGAUCCAUCAGGGCAAUGAGGGAGGUCCCAGCUUGAUAGAGGCUGGAAGGAUGCCAGCGAGAAGCAUUUUUUCAACUCUUCCUUGUGAUGCAGCGAAACCAGAUCAGGGUCCAGUGCCCUUUGAGGAGGUGGCCGUAUCCUUCAGCCAGGAGGAGUGGGCGCUGCUGGAUCCUGACCAGAGGGCCCUCCACCAGGAAAUCAUGGAGGAAAACCAGCAAAUGAUAUCCUCUCUCGAUAUGUCCGAUUCUUCAGUUUUGUCUUUUCUACCUUUCUCCUUCAUCAGAGAUAACUGGAGGGAGAAAAAUGCAUAUUCCAAAUCUGGAAAGAGUUUUGCGCACCAUUUUGAGGUUAAGGGAUACCAGAGAAUAAAUACAGAAGAGGAAAAUUGCAUUCCAGAGAAUCUCUACAAAUGCAUUGUUUCUGAAAAUCAUUUUGGCAUGAAUAUAGAUCUGAUGCCUCACAGAAGAAUCCACACUGGACAGAAGUGCUUUGUAAGUGAAGUGUCUGGAAAAUCUGGGAAAUAUUUUAAUCGGAAGAAACACUUUGUGAAUCACGAAAGAGUUCAUAUAAGAGAAAAGCCAUACAAAUGCCAGGAGUGUGGAAAAUGUUUUGCUGAAAACUCAACAUUUCUGAGGCAUAAGAGAGUCCACACAGGAGAGAAACCAUAUAAAUGUCAGGAAUGUGGGAAAUGCUUUACUGUUAAUUCAACACUUAUGAGUCAUAAAAGAGUCCACACAGGAGAGAAACCGUACAAAUGCGAGGAAUGUGGAAAGUGUUUUGCUCGAAACUCAAACCUUGUGAGUCAUAGGAGAGUCCACACAGGAGAGAAACCAUACAAAUGUGAGGAUUGUGGGAAAUGUAUCACUGGGCGUUCACAGCUUGUGCGACAUAAGAGGGUCCACACAGGAGAGAGACCGUACAAAUGUCAGGAGUGUGGAAAAUGUUUUGCUCAGAAAACAAGCCUUGUGAAGCAUAAGAGAGUCCAUACAGGAGAGAAACCGUUCAAAUGCCAGGAGUGUGGGAAAUGUUUUGCUGAUAAUUCAACCCUCAUGAGUCAUAAGAGAGUCCACACAGGAGAAAAACCGUAUAAAUGCCAGGAGUGUGAUAAAUGUUUUGCUCACCGUUCACAGCUUGUUAAGCAUAAGAGAGUCCACACAGGAGAAAAACCAUACAAAUGCCAGGAGUGUGGGAAACAUUUUGCUGAGAACUCAAGCCUUGUGAAGCAUAAGCGAGUCCACACAGGAGAAAAACCAUACAGAUGCGAGGAAUGUGGGAAAUAUUUUGCUGAGAAUUCAAGUCUUGUGAGGCAUAAGAGACUCCACACAGGAGAAAAACCAUACACAUGCCAGGAGUGUGGAAAACACUUUGCUCGAAAUUCAGACCUUUUGAAUCAUAAGAGAUUCCAUACGGGAGAGAAUACAUACACAUGCCAGGAGUGUGGAAAACAUUUUGCUCAGUGUUCACACCUUUUGAAUCAUAAGACAGUCCAAAAAGGGGAGAAGGUGUACAACGGCCAGAAGUUUGGGAAUUAUUCUGAUCAGAAUUCACAUAUUAUGGACUAUCAGAGAGUCCACACAGGGAAAAAUGGAGACAUUGAUGACAUGGUAGGUUCUGGACCAAGCGAGAUGAGUGGAGGGCACUAUAGUGCUUUAUGGUGAGGCACAAGAAGUUUAACUAGUAAUUUUGGUAUCCAGAGCUUCACAUGGCAUUGUUACACAGAGAGGAGAGAGGAAUUGCCAGGAAGUUGUGAUUCAGAGCAUUAAAUGACUGCAUUGGUUUCCUACUGCGUCUGAUAUUUUAUAUCAGAGGCUGGACACAAUAUCCAUGCUUGGGAUGGGUUCACACCUUUUUUAGCAGUAAGUACCAAUGGGCACAUUGAGACAUCUCAAACAGCAUCCUGAAUCAAAGCAUGAGUAGCUGCACCAUACCUGCAUUCUCUAAGGCAAUGGUAUUCAAACUUGGGUCCCCAGAUGUUCUUGGACUGCAACUCCCCCGAAAUCCUGGCCA